AUGUGUAGUGCCCCAGUACCGUCUGCAGAGAAGCAGCCCCAAAUCACCAUGCCUCCAUCACCAUGCCUCCAUCACCAUGCCUCCAAUACCAUGCUUCCAUCAGCAUGCCUCCAUCUGCAUGCUUCCAUCACCGUGCCUCCAUCACCGUGCCUCCAUCACCAUGCUUCCAUCACCGUGCCUCCAUCACCGUGCUUCCAUCACCAUGCCUCCAUCUGCAUGCUUCCAUCACCGUGCCUCCAUCACCGUGCCUCCAUCACCAUGCUUCCAUCACCGUGCCUCCAUCACCAUGCUUCCAUCAGCAUGCCUCCAUCUGCAUGCUUCCAUCACCGUGCCUCCAUCACCAUGCUUCCAUCAGCAUGCCUCCAUCUGCAUGCUUCCAUCACCGUGCCUCCAUCACCAUGCCUCCAUCACCGUGCCUCCAACACCAUGCUUCCAUCAGCAUGCCUACAUGUGCAUGCUUCCAUCACCAUGCCUCCAUCACCAUGCCUCCAUUACCGUGCCUCCAUCACCAUGCUUCCAUCAGCAUGCCUCCAUCUGCAUGCUUCCAUCACCGUGCCUCCAUCACCAUGCCUCCAUCACCAUGCCUCCAUCACCGUGCCUCCAUCACCAUGCCUCCAUCACCAUGCUUCCAUCAGCAUGCCUCCAUCUGCAUGCUUCCAUCACCAUGCCUCCAUCACCAUGCUUCCAUCACCAUGCUUCCAUCACCGUGCCUCCAUCACCAUGCCUCCAUCACCGUGCCUCCAUCACCAUGCCUCCAUCACCAUGCCUCCAUCUGCAUGCUUCCGUCACCGUGCCUCCAUCACCGUGCCUCCAUCACCAUGCCUCCAUCACCAUGCCUCCAUCUGCAUGCUUCCGUCACCGUGCCUCCAUCACCGUGCCUCCAUCACCGUGCUUCCAUCACCGUGCCUCCAUCAGCGAGCCUCCAUCACCGUGCCUCCAUCACCGUGCCUCUAUCACUAUGCUUCACUGUUGGUCAUCCUGCAACUCAUCGAGUGA